AUGGCGGUACCCGCCGCGCUGUCCCCCGCCGCCUUGCCGCUGUGGCGGCGGAUGCUGCAGUCGUCCAUCGACGCGCACGCGCACAUCCCCUCCGCGUCCUUCGUGCAACUCGCCACACUGCGCGCCAACCACACGCCCGCCAACCGCACUCUCGUCUUCAGAGGGUUCAUGGAUACUUCCGACAACCUCAUAUUCUACACUGAUGGCCGCAGCAGCAAGGUCAAGGAGAUCGAGGACUGGCCGUUUGUCGAGCUGUGCUGGUACUUCUCGGAGUCAUGGGAGCAGUAUCGCAUCUCUGGCAGCAUGUGCACUGUGCACGCCAACUCGCCCGACCCUGCGCUCUUACAGCUGAGGCAUGCGGCAUGGCAGCCGCUGACAGCGCAGCAGCGGUGGCAGUACUGCAGAGGCCACCCAGGCACGCCCUGGGAGGAGGACAGCGAGGGGGGUGCAGAUGCAGCGGGGCGGCCGGAUGGGCAUGAGUCAUCGCUGGCAGCGCUGGCAUUGCUGACACAGCCAGACGCACAGGGGAGCAGUGCGGAGGAUAAGGCGGAGGCUGAGAAGGCUGAGUCGGAUAAGGUUGCGUCGGUGGAGCCUGUGGAGGGCUUCUGCGUGCUGCUGCUGGAGCCCCAUGAGGUGGACUACGUGCACGUGCGCACGCCCUCCCGGCACCGACACACAAGGCGCUUGGUAGACGAGGGGAAAGAGGGGGCUGCAGGGGGAAGAGGGUACGAGUGGACUGCAACGCGCAUCCACCUCUAG